AUGUCAGCAAAACUCGAUCCUCCCUUGAGGAAGAAAAAGCUUACACUGAAACACAGUAUCGUUUUUCUCCAUGGAAUCAACGGUUCCAUUGGAAACACAUUUACUAAAACCUCUAGAAACCGUCGAAGAAGCAUAACAUGGCCUCGGGAUCUCCUUGAACAUGAUCUUACAAAGGACGGCAUAUUACAGGCUCGAAUCAUGGGGUUUGAAUUCGAUGCGGAUGUCUUCAGCUUUUUUGGUCAAACCGGUCGGGAGACCAUCGCUAGUAUCGCAAACACACUCUUGGCCGCUUUAACAAAUGCACGAAGGGAGGACUAUCAACGAGAAAGGCCUCUGAUACUUUUUGGCCACAGCAUGGGAGGCCUGAUAAUAAAACGAGCAUUGUCAAGAGCUUGGGAUGAAGACGAUCCAACCAGCGGAGACGUAUUUCGCCGACGAAGGCUCAUCGCAGUCAGCACCAGAGCAAUUAUAUUUGCGGGAACCCCCCACCGGGGCGCAAGUAUCGCACAUUUAGCCUCGUGGGGUACUUCCUGGCUCGGCGCUUUUGGUGUUGCAACGUCGCCUGAGAACAUUCGGCAACUACAGAUAGGAUCCACUACGACACAGCUGCUUCGUGAAGAAUUCUUAGUCUUCAGGCGAAGAAUUCGAGAUACUCGAUCACAAAUGCAACCUCCUAAAUCCGAUAUUACAAUCUAUACCUUUUGUGAAAGUCUUCCUAUGGAUGUCGGAGGAAUGUAUAUGCAGAUUGUAACGCGAGACUCUGCCAUUAUUGAUGGACAAAACGAAAUUGUCGACUCUAUAGCACGACGAAAUCAUCAAACAAUGGUUAAAUUCGAGAGCCGCGAGGAAGCCGGCUAUCAGCAAUAUUUAGGUGCUAUGAAAGAUGUCAUUGAUGAGCUCUCCAUGGAGUUGGAAGUUGGAAUCAAGAAUACUCUAGACAAUCUUCUAGUCAACACGAGCUUGAACCGCAACACCCCCAGCCUUAUGUAA